CGCUAAGCCUUGCGAGUGGCCGGCUGAAGCCCCCACCGGGCCCUCCGCUGCUGCAGCCCGGCUCGGUUGGGUGGGAGCGCUGGGUGGAGGAGGCGGCGGAGUGGUGGCGGCUUGUGGUGGCAUUCAUGGACCAGAGCCUGUGGUUGGCCACGGCGCCUGAGGAGCUGGCCGAACUGGCCGGCGCUUUGCAGCCGCUGCUGGAUGAUGGAGAGCCGGUGUGGGUGGACGACCUCUGCACCCUGCCGUCGCAUGCGCCCCCGAAAACCGCGGCGGCGCUGGCGGGCGGCUUGCUGCCCUGCCUGGAGCGCCUGCUGCGGCGGGCCGGCCGGAGCCCGGGCGGCCUGGAUGCAAGCUUCCUGGAUACCUGGUUCGGCUGCAGCCCCUGGCGCCCGCUGACGUGCCUGCUGGCGUGCGGUGAGGUGCGCCCGGCUGCUGCGCUGCUGGUCUCCCUAGCCAAGGGGCUGCGGAGGGCUGAUCCGGGCGGCGCAGCUUGCUGGCAGCCGUGGCAGGAUUUCAGCAGCAACUUCGCAACCUGAUUGAUGAGGUAUGCGUUGUGCGCGAUGGAAGGGCAGAUGCAGGCGUCAGGGGAAGGUGGAGGCGCCGCCGCGACCGAGGAGGCAGGGGCCCCGGCUGACGCCGCCACCCCACUCGGCAGCUGCUCCGCCAAUGUACGGCAGCUGGCCCUGUUGGCGUCGUGUGCCGUGUGCGAGUGGCUGCCGUCGCUGGCCCACCAAGCCCGGUUCGCCGCCGACAAGGGCCUCACAGAGCAUGCGGUUGUGCUGCUUGCCCGGGUUCUUACAUUGCUACCAGCAGUGGCUUUACAGUGCUGCGCAGUGACCCACGGGUCAGAUAUGUCACAAAGGGGCGCCAUCAGCGGCAACUCAACUGCAGACGGAGCGGGCUGCAGUGCCGUCUUGACCGCUGCAGCCAGGUACGAUGAAGGUUGUGCUGGCGGCACCGACAAUGGUGGGUCUGCUGCUGCUGUUGACGGCGGUGGUGGUGGCGAUGGCGGCUGGCGGCAUCUGUUGCUGGCUGAGGUGGAUGUCGUACCGCUGCUGGGUCUCGCCAUGCAGCUGUUGGAGGGGCAUCGGGGGGUAGAGCUUUCUGAUUGGCCCUCACGAUGGUACGCAUGCGAGCUAAUCUGCAGCUGUUGCGCCUUAGCAGCGGCUUGCCCAGAGCAGGUGCGGCAGGCGGCGGCAGCAGGAGCGGGAGCAGCAGCCGCUGCCAGUACUGCUGCUGGUACGGCGGCGCAAGCGGUGAUUACGCCCCCCUGGAGGCCUGAGCUGCUACGCGCGCUGGCAGCAGAGCUGGGAGAGGCGGCGGAGGAGGUUGGGAGGGACGGGGGAAGCAGCAGCUGUGGAGACGGUGGCAGUGCUGUUGUCGGCGAUGGCGCCGGCUGUGCCUGCGAGCCUUUCAGCGGUGUCCCCAGCAGCGGCAGCACCGCCGACGGAGCCGGCCAGGAGGGUGUUGACCACAGUGGCAUCCACCCCACGACCCUGUCGGCGGCAGCGCAUGCAGCGGAUCUCCUGGCGGUGCAGCUGGAGGGGUGGCGGGAGGGCGCUGUUGCAGGUGCCGUGACGGGGCUGCUUGAUGCGGCGGCACGGGCUAUUGGGUGGCGGGGGGAAGAUGGAGCGCUGACCGCGGCGGUCCUGGUGCCGCCGGGGGAGCUGCGGCGGCAGGGGCUGCUGCGGGGCUGCGGCAAUCCCGGCUGUGCGAACCUUGAGGGGGAUAGCGAGGCGGGGGUGAAGCUCAAGGGGUGCGGGCGGUGCGGGACGGUGGGGUACUGCUGCCGGGAGUGUCAGCUGGAGCACUGGAGGGCGCCUGGGGGGCACAAGGAGGCAUGCGGGAGAGCCGGGGGGGAAGAAAAGCAUAGGUGCUAGUUGCUAGGGUAAGUGCGAACACUAAGGAGGUUUGCGGGGCGGGUGCAAGGCCCGGCUCCUUUUGAGUCCCAGGCGUGAGCGUUGCCAGCGCCCAAGCGGUGACAGCGACGCAGGAAGGGGUGUUCCCAGCAUUGAUGGUUAGCUGAUGUUGUACGGACAGGGAGGAGGUUUGCGGCUGGGAGAGCAUUGGGGCAUGCACUGCUGGCGGUACGGCACGAACCUAUCCUGCUUGCAUGUGUUGCUGCUGUUGUGAUACAGUACGCCGCUUAUGCAGGAUGCUGGCUUCGCCCGAGCCGCCCUAUACCUUUGCUGUCCGAGGUUGAGCAUGGUUGCAGGACGCUGACAUGUUUGGAGCGAUGUGGCCCGGCUGUCCCCCCUGUGUUUUGCAGCCGGUUUAGUGCUACGCGCAAAGGUGGGGGGUAGACAACUCCGGGACCCAAGGGCAACCCGAGGGGUGUGUGAACUGCGAGGGUGUGAGCCCGCAUGGCCUGACCAGCCAGGGGCAACACGAGGGGU